UGGUGAGGCAGCGGCUCCCUUGUUCACCUCCUACGUUUCUACAUUCACUGGCAAUGCUACUAUCACUCUACACAUCCACUGUGGCCGCUCAAGUUCUGGAUCCUGAGUUUUUUACAACACGGCCAACAAAGAAGAGGACAGAGCCUGUUACAUCAGAAACUGUUGUGUUUUGGGGUCUGCGCUUGUGGCAAGUCAUUGGUGUCUUUUCAAUAUUCGUACUUUCAAUCAUAAUAACACUGUGCUGCAUCUUCAAGUGUCGAAUACCGAGGACCAAAAAGGAGAUUGAGGCCCGGCAGGCCAAGCGGCAGGCAGCAAAAAAGUAUGCCAACACUCUAGAAUCCGUGCCACCUCUCAGCGAAGUCACUGAGACUCCAGGGGGUACAGUGGACAGUAUCCCACUGCAGACAGUCUCUGGAGAUGUGCAGGCCCGCAGCGGCAACCAGCUCCCUGUAGUUAGGGAGGAAGAAGAAGCGAUUCCCACCAGCUAAGCGGAAGCACAAAGCCCUGUUCUCUGUUGCCCUCUGUAGUAGCCCUGAUGGGAGUCUUUUAAGAAGGGCUGUCUUUACA